UCCAAUACUUCCGGACUCUUCUCAGCUCGGUCGUCGCGCGCACCUGCGGCACCUCUGUUCUGUUCUUUCGCCGUGAGUCUCUCGCCGGCGUUGCUUCGCCGGCCGCGCGGCCCACCCCACCGGUCGCCGUAGCUCCCCGCGCCUCAGCCCCAACCGUCGCCACAGCCGCCUCCGACCCCGCCUUCUUCUCUCGCAAGCGAUUUCAUCUUUUUGCUCAUCUCAGUCCGCCAGUCUUAUCAAGAAUCUUUCCAUAGCCUGUCGAGUCCAAAGCCUCCCAUUGCUCCCCUGCCUUCGAUGCUCUCGAGCUGCUCCUCCCUCAGCUCCUGAUCUUCAACCUCAGCAGCAGCAGCAACAAGAAGAAGAAGAGCAGCACUCCUUCCUGUCUGGAACAAUGCCUGAGAAAAUAACAGCCGAGAAUUUAUUCAACGGGAUUGUGGAAACAAUUGCUGAAAAUGUUCCUAAGCAGAAGUCUGUUUCAUUCGUUGAGGGGGACAUGGCCGACGCAGUUACUUCUCAAUUUAAAAGGCUCUUUGGACGGCAGAAGCUGAUUCACCGUCUAUUUGGGAGUGGAAAAUCUGCUGAUUUGUUACUGUGGAGGAACAAAAAGAUCUCAGCAGGUGUCUUAGCCGGUGCAACUGCUAUAUGGGUGCUUCUUGAGUGGCUUGACUACCACUUUCUGACGCUUGUCUGUUUCGCUCUCAUCUUUGGCAUGCUAACUUUGUUUCUGUGGUCAAAUGUUUUUGGCUUACUGAGCAGCAGGACAGCAUUCAAACCUCCUCAUCUUGUGGUGCCUAAUGAUGUCUUUGUUGACAUCGGGAAGUCUGUAGGAGCUGAGGUUAACCAAGCUUUGAAAUUCCUUCAGGAUGUUGCUCUGGGAGGAAACUUGAAGCAAUUCCUCGUGGUUGUGGGGAGCCUUUGGGCAGCCGCUAUAAUAGGGGGCUUGUGCAAUUUUAUAACAGUGUUGUACAUUGGUUUUGUUGCUGCUCACACAUUACCUGUUCUGUACGAGCGAUAUGAAGAUCAAGUCGACAGCUUCGGUGACCAGGUCCUGGACCAGCUUCAGCAUCACUAUCGUAAAUUGGCUCCUCUAGAGCUAAAAUCUGCCUUUAAAGGUAACCAUGAGAAACAAGGGGGAGCUCCAAGGAAACUCACAGUGAACGCUCCUGAUGUUUAUGCGCCUCCGACACAACUAUUAGAUAUAAUUACUGGAGAGACAAAGCAGAAAAAGCUUCCCAAGAAAGAAAAGAUAGGUGGAAAGGAAGGCCAGAAGGGCAAAGAAACCAUACGAGGAGGUGCUCGAGGUAGAGACUCCUCACGAGGGGGUGGCGGCAGCAAGAAUAAGAAAAAGAAACAGAAUCAUAGAACCGGGAAAUCCGAUCAAGUUGACAGCUUCGGUGACCAGGUCCUGGACCAGCUUCAGCAUCACUCUCAUAAAUUGGCUCCUCUAGAGCUAAAAUCUGCCGUUAAAGGUAACCGUGAGAAACAAGGGGGAGCUCCAAGGAAGCUCACAGUGACGUGGGCUCCUGAUGUAAUUUUUAAAGAAAAGCAGGAAAAGCUUCCCAAAAAAGAAGAGAUAGAUGAAAUGGAAGGCCAGAAGGGCAAAGAAACCACACGAGGAGGUGGUAGAGACUCCUCACGACGGGGUGGUGGCAGCAAGGAUUAGAAAAAGAAACAGAAUCAUAGAACCAGGAAAUCUGGUAAGUCAUAUAGUUUUGUGGAUGCCGAUGGAUCAGAUAACUAUUCGUACUGAUGAUGUCAAAUUUUUCAUGAAGCUGAGAUGAGAGUAUGGUUAUAUGGGGAUCUUCACCAUCUUUUCAGUUAGUAAGGAGGUUGAGGAACA